AUGACAACACCUAACAUUGACAAUAAGAAGUCUGCACUACUCGUAAUGGACUUUCAGGCUGGCAUAAUUGGCAUGCUCCCAAACUCAGAGGGACUCCUCACUCAAGCAGUUAAUGCAAUCUCCAUCGCUCGAAAGCAAGGUAUACAGGUCGGCCAUGUUCGUGUAGCUUUUGAAGAUUCAGACUAUGCUGCCAUUCCAAAUACUAACAAAGCUUUUAGUGCAGUUGCGGGUAGUCGCCGUAUGCAGAAUGACAGUCCGGAUUCCGCCUUUCACAAAAAUGUAGCACCGCAAGCUGGAGACAUCGUCGUUCGCAAAACUCGUUUCGGAGCGUUCUCCACCACUGACCUCGACAAACAAUUACGUGAACGAGGUAUCACAAAUCUGAUUCUUGCCGGUAUCUCCACCAGUGGCGUAGUUCUAUCUACCGUUCGCGAUGCUGCUGAUCGCGACUAUCAAUUGUAUGUUCUCGCCGAUGCAACUGCCGAUCCUGAUCCUGAAGUUCACGAUGUUCUCAUAAAGAAAGUCUUGUCAAAGCAAGCAUAUGUUAUUACUACUGCCGAAUUUGCUGACUUAAUUUCUGCUGCUUAA